GCUAUUAAUAGAUUUUAAAUGUAUGUUAUGGUGUGGGGUGAGUUUCCAAUGUAAAGCAAGAAGCCUGUGACAGUGUUUAUGUGCCUGCAUUCUCCUCAUAGUUACUUAGUGACAGGCAGCAGCUCCACACUGCACAUUCAGUAGGGGAGACAUUUAGAAGAUUACAAAGUAUCAGAGGGGGGAAAGACAGAAUAUCCGGCUUUUCACAGAGCAGAGUGCAGCCAUGAGACAGGAUGUGAAGGAGGUAGCGUUCAGCUGAACAGCCCAGUUUCUAUCACUACAAACAUGUGGGCUUGAUCGGCCCUUGAUUGUUCCAGCCUAGAGAGCUUCAUUUCCUGCUUGGGGAGGGAGUGGAGAGAGAAAUCCUUCCAGCUUGCCUUAAAGGGAGACUAACUAAAAGAGAGAAAAAAGGCACUCUGCUCUCCUGUGCUAGGGGUGUCAGGGAAAUCCAAUACACAGCUUUACUAAGCGGUGGACGAGAGACAACAAUUUGCCAAACAUUAGCUGAGUGCCAUGCUGAGCCUGUAAAGGAGCUCUUGCAGCAACACUGUACACAAGGGAGGGAGCUGAGCACUCUACCAUUAUUAAUAAAGAGAUAACAAGGAGGUUUUUUUUUCCACUGCACCCCCUCCCCUCCCUGGAGGAUUAAACGGUGGGCUGGGAGUGGGUGACAGGAUCAGGGAUCUGACAGGUGGAUUUCUGUGGAUUUCUUUUAAAAAUGGAGAACCAGCAAGCAGCAGCUGUAGGGGGGGAGGACUCCCCAGGCAAGAACGCUGAAGUGACCGGCAGCAAGAAUUCAAAAAGAAAAGCCAUUGACCCGGACGAGGGCAAAAAUAAACCGAAGCUGAACAUUCAUAUAAAAACGCUGGCAGAUGAUGUGCGUGACAGGCUGACAAGUUUCCGAAAAUCUGCUGUGAAAAAAGAGAAACCAUUAAUCCAGCAUGCAACGGAUUCUCAGGCCGUGGUUACAGAUUUUCCUGCCCCACAGCAACUUUUUGAUGAGCGUGCAUUGAAUUUGUCAGAAAAAGAAAUCAUGGAUCUCUUUGAGAAAAUGAUGGAAGAUAUGAAUUUAAAUGAAGAACGCAAGGCUCCUUUACGGCAGAAGGAUCUGACUAGAAAACAUGAGAUGGUCGUCCAGUAUAUUUCUGCAACUGCCAAGUCUAUUACUGGAAGUAAAGCCAUGGGUGGACUGAAAAACAGCAAACAUGAAUGUACAUUGUCUUCUCAAGAGUACGUCCAUGAACUGCGUUCUGGAAUAACAGACGAAAAGCUCCUGAACUGUUUGGAAUCCCUGAGAGUUUCCUUAACUAGUAAUCCUGUCAGCUGGGUUAACAAUUUUGGACAUGAGGGCCUGGGGCUUCUUCUGGAUGUUCUGGAAAAGCUACUGGACAAGAAACAGCAGGAAAGUAUUGACAAGAAGAAUCAACAUAAGCUCAUACAGUGUUUGAAAGCAUUUAUGAACAACAAGUAUGGACUGCAGAGAAUUCUUGGUGAAGAAAGAAGUCUCCUUUUGCUGGCACGGGCUAUUGAUCCAAAGCAAGCCAACAUGAUGACAGAAAUUUUAAAGAUAUUAUCCGCCAUCUGCAUAAUUGGAGAGGAUAAUAUCUUGGACAAACUUCUGGAAGCUAUUACUACUGCAGCAGAAAUCCAUAACAAAGAACGUUUUGCUCCAAUUGUGGAAGCACUGGAGAACCAUGAAGCCUUCCAGUUACAGGCAUCCUGUAUGCAAUUUAUUAAUGCGCUUCUCACCUCCCCUGAAGAACUUGAUUUCAGGAUACACCUGAGAAAUGAAUUUUUGAGAUGUGGAUUAAAGCAAAUUUUACCGGAACUAAAGGAAAAGGAAAACGAAGAGCUUGAUAUCCAGUUAAAAGUAUUUGAUGAAAACAAAGAGGAAGACCUUCUAGAACUCUCACAUCGACUCCGUGAUAUUCGAGCAGAAAUGGACGAUAUCAAUGAAGUGUACCAUCUUCUGUACAAUAUGCUGAAGGACACAGCUUCGGAGGCAUGUUUUCUCUCCAUUCUGCAGCAUUUUCUACUUAUCCGCAAUGACUAUUAUAUCAGGCCCCAAUACUACAAGGUCAUAGAUGAAUGUGUUGGACAAGUUGUACUACAAUGUAGUGGGAUGGAUCCUGAUUUCCGAUAUAGGGGUCGACUUGAUGUUGAUUUUAAUCAUCUUAUAGAUUCUUGUGUGGACAAGGCAAAAGUGGAAGAAAGCGAGCAGAAAGCAUUAGAAUUUUCCAAGAAGUUUGAUGAAGAGUUCACAGCUCGACAGGAGGCACAGGCCGAGCUUCAGAAACGAGAGGAGAAAAUCAAAGAGCUUGAGACGGAAAUCCAGCAGCUAAAGACGCAGGGGCCUACACUUCCUAGUCAACUAGCACCUGGAGGUGUGCUUCUGCCUCCGCCACCACCACCCCCACCUCUACCUGGAAGCAUUGCACCCCCUCCUCCUCCACCCCCACUUCCUGGAAUACCACCUCCACCACCACCUCCAGGUCUGGGUCCUCCAUCAGCACCUCCUCCACCCCUAUUUGGUGGUCCACCACCGCCGCCACCUUUUGGAGGCAUGCGACCAUCUCCACCUCCUGUUGUGUUGCCAUUUGGAAUGAAGCCCAAGAAGGUUUACAAGCCAGACACCAACAUGAAGAGGAUCAACUGGUCUAAGCUGGAGCCUCAAGAACUGACAGAGAACUGCAUUUGGGUCAAAGCUAAAGAAGAGAAAUUUGAACACCCUGACAUUUUUACAAGGUUAUCACAGAUGUUUGCCACACACAUGAAAGCUAAAAAAGCCAUUCAGCAAGAAGAAGAAAACAAGCCAACCCUGGUAAAGAAGAAAGUAAAGGAGCUGAGAGUUCUUGACAGUAAAACUGCUCAAAAUCUGUCAAUCUUCUUGGGAUCUUAUCGAAUGUCUUAUGAGGAGAUAAAGAACAUGAUUUUAGAAGUAGAUGAAGAGAAGCUGUCAGAAUCUUUAAUUCAAAAUCUCAUAAAGAAUCUCCCAGAGCAAAAGCAACUUAGCUCCUUGUCGCAGCUGAAGAGCGAGUACGAAGACUUAUGCGAGCCAGAGCAAUUUGGAGUUGUGAUGAGCUCAAUGAAGAUGCUGAGGCCGAGACUUAAUGGCAUUUUAUUUAAGUUGACAUUUGAUGAACACAUAAGCAACAUCAAGCCUGAUAUAAUAGCUGUAACACAAGCGUGUGAAGAACUAAAGAAGAGUGAAAAUUUUAAGAAGGUUGUGGAGCUUGUACUACUGGUGGGGAACUAUAUGAAUUCGGGAUCCAGAAAUGCCCAGUCAUUUGGAUUUAAUGUCAGCUUUCUCUGCAAGAUCAGAGAUACCAAAUCUUCCGACCAGAAAACCACCUUGCUGCAUUUCUUGGCUGAACUUUGUGAGGAAAGGUUUAAGGAAAUUUUGAAAUUUCCUGAUGAACUUGAACAUGUGGAGAGUGCAAGCAAAGUUUCUGCUCAAAACCUUAAAAGCAGCCUUGAUUCUAUGGAGCACCAGAUAAAACGCCUGGAGGGGGAUAUUAAGAAUUUUCCAAAAACAGAUAACCCAAGUGAUAAGUUUGUGGAGAAAAUGAACAUUUUUGCAAAGGGUGCCCGUGAACAGUACGAGAAGCUGUCUAACAUGUAUAAUCACAUGAACAAGCUGUACGAUAAUUUGGGAGACUACCUCACCUUCGAUACCAAAGCAGUGAGUGUGGAGGAGUUCUUUGGAGAUCUCGGCAGUUUCCGGACCUUAUUCUUGGAGGCAGUUAAAGAAAACAACAAGAGAAGAGAGAUGGAGGAAAAGAUGAAACGAGCAAAGAUAGCAAAGGAGAAAGCCGAGCGGGAAAAGCUUGAACGGCAACACAAGAAGAAGCAGCUCAUUGAUAUCAAUAAAGAGGGUGAUGAGACAGGAGUGAUGGAUAGCCUGCUCGAGGCCCUGCAAUCAGGCGCUGCAUUCAGGGAUCGCAGGAAACGAUCUCCAAAAACUAAUGAUAAUCGCCAAGUUGCUUUGGAGAGGUCGCGGUCCAGGCAUCAUGGGAAAAUGUUAGCUGUGUGAUACUCCAUAAACCAAGAAAACUAAAGAACUUGACAGGUCUCCCUUCUACCAAGAAACAAGAACACAGAAGAGCAGGCAAAGACCUAUUGGAAUAGAAAUUGCAUCAAGUGAAACUAGGGAAUUGAUAGAUAUAUGUAAUUUAUUCAAAACUUGUUAGAGCUGCCAUUUGUAGGAGUAAAGGAGUUCAUAUAUAUGAAUAAAAAAAAAAUAUAUAUAUAACCUAGCUAACAGUAUUAGAUGUGUAAAAUUUGACUCGUUACUCAUGUGUCACUAAACUGUCUUAAUCACAAAGAAUGUAACAAUGGCUUAUUACAAUGCAAAAGUUACCAGCAUAAAGGCAAGGAAAUGCUAAUUGUAGGGCACCAUACUUUUUGUAACCACUAUAAAAUGUUAAAAGAAAAAAAAAAAUCACAUGACAAGCAAAUAUUGCACACGUGAAACGAUCUUCGUUUAUACUAUUUUGGAUUUUAUUUUAAUAUAUAUUGCUAGAUUCUUUAUUCUGACUAUAGUCACACAUAGUUUUAAAGGAAAAGUUAUGCUUGAAGGCAUGUUGCCACACACUAUGUGAAAGAACGUAUUGUAACAUUCACAGGCAUGAAUGUAAAUGGGUCUUUUUUAUUGUUUUAUUAUUUUUUUCUGCGGGUUAUGGGAUGCUUUUUCCCUUCACUGCUUUUUCUGCUAUCUCAAUAAAUCGUUACAAAGUGCA